UUCCCUUCCGCGCUGGGCCUGGAGAGGGACUACGUGACGGAGAUCAGGUCCACAAUGAACGCCGGCUGGCGGCGGGGGAGGAGGGAGGGCACACAAAGCGAUCCCCAAAAAUAGGAGGGAGGGGGGAAGCGAGGAGAAAGGAGGAAAGAAAGGAGGCGAUCCCGGUCCCUUUCCAGGCAUAGGGCUCGGCCUCCGCCGGCUCCUUUCCCUGGAGGCGCCCUGCUUGCCUUCCUCCCAGCGAUGCCGUGUGUGACUUAAGGGAAUCCCGCAGCCAGGCAGGUGAAGAGAAGGAGUUGCUUUGGCUUCUAGGGCUCUUGAAUACUACAAGAAGAGAAGACUCAGCAGCAGAUACAGCAAAACCCAGUUUAGCAGCAUUAAAAUAACACCAAAGAAAAUAAACAUAAGACCUACAAAUGAAGUGUGACAAUUGCACCAAAAAGAUGUAUGACUUCAGGUUGGCAGUUCACCUACUUCAGUGGGUGGAGGCUAUCAACAGUGUGGAAUGUAAUAAAAAACAGAAAAAUGGAGAUGGACAAAAUGCACCAGUUGAUGUACUCAGUUCAAAUGAAGAAAAUGCAGAGCCAAGUGAAUUCCAUAAAUUGGCUAAUUCUAAAAUAUUCCUGAGUGACUGCCUAGCUUGUGACAGUUGUGUAACAUCAGAUGAAGCUGCUAGAGUUUUCCAGCAGAAUCAGAAAGAGUUCUUCCACGUAUUGAAUCUUAAUAAGAAAUGUGAUACCUCAAAACACAAAGUUUUGGCAGUGUCUAUAUGUCCCCAGUCCUUGCCUUAUUUUGCUGCUAAAUUCAACCUCUGUGUAACAGAAGCAGCCAAGAGACUUUGUGGUUUCCUCAAAUGUCUGGGUGUGCAUUAUGUGUUUGACACCACUAUAGCUGCUGAUUUUAGUAUUUUGGAGAGCCAGAAGGAGUUUGUGCAACGCUAUCGCAAUCAAAAUCAAGAAGAACAUGCCUUACCAAUGUUUGCUUCAGCUUGUCCAGGCUGGAUUCAGUAUGCUGAGAGAGUCCUUUCCAGCCUUGUAACUCCACACAUUUGCACUGCAAAGUCACCACAACAGAUCAUGGGUUCCCUUAUAAAGGGUUACUUUGCCAGGCAGCAGAAUCUAUCCUCUGAUAAAAUCUUCCACAUAAUUGUGGCACCUUGCUAUGACAAGAAGCUGGAAGCUUUACGAGAAGAUGUUUAUGCACCUUUGUAUCAUUCACAAGAUGUUGAUUGUGUUUUAACCUCUGGUGAAGUCUUCCAAGUCAUGGAGCAGAGAAAAGUAUCUUUGAAAGAAGCAGCUGAGGUGCCUUUUGAUACUUUAUUUGGCGGGAUAAAUGAGAGUGAUUUAAUGCGGCACGAUGGAAGAAGGUCAGAUGGUUACCUGGAGCACAUAUUUAAACAUGCUGCCAAGGAACUGUUUGAUACUGAAGUGAAGGAACUCACGUACAAAGUAUUGAAAAACAAAGAUUUCCAGGAGGUCACACUAGAAAAGGGUGGUGAGACGGUGUUGCGCUUUGCUGCAGCUUAUGGCUUUCGAAACAUCCAAAACAUGGUCCUGAAGUUGAAGAAGGGAAAGUGUUCUUACCAUUUUGUAGAAGUUCUAGCCUGUCCUGGAGGGUGCUUAAAUGGAAAAGGUCAGGCUCAGACUGAAGAUGGAAAACCAGACAAAGCUCUUCUCAAGCAGAUGGAGGAAGUGUAUGCUGCAGUUCCUGUCCAACUUCCAGAAACCAAUGGGCAUGUGCAGAAACUUUACCAGGAAUGGUUGGAAGGAAUGGACUCUGUAAAAGUCCAGCAGUCGCUGCAUACAAAGUAUAGCUCAGAAAAACCAGUGGCUAACAGCUUGGAUAUCAAAUGGUGACCACUCAACCACUAGACUUGCACUAGGUUUCUUGCACAUGCAGCACUGGCAACUAUUCUAUGCAAGAGACUGGAGCACUGACUCAAUGUGUGAAAAAAACUGGAACUGUCUUUCUUCCCUGUUUGAACUUUGUAAAGUCAAAUUAUUGUAUUGUAUAUGUGGACCAUACCUAUUUAAGCAGAGCCCAAUGUUGUAUGUAUCAGAGGCAUACCGAGCUUCUAGACUUCCAAGAUGGGCAUCAUAACAAGCUCAAAGCAUGUUGGGAUGUUCUUUGAUCUCAGUCACAUAAGUAGAUGUGUUUGUUUGCCAAGAAUCCAGUGCCAUGAAUUUCACUGGUCUCAAAAAGGAAUUUUGCUAAAUUUACUAUUCAUCUAAGACUUUGUACAAUUGCCAAACAAUAUAAGAUACCAAAAUAUGAUCAAACAAACUCUCCAGUAAUAUAAGUUAGUUCCUACCAUAGCACACCACUACCACUUUAUAAUAUUAAGGGGAUACUUCAGAUUGGAUUGUGCAAGAAGAAAAACCAGGAACUCCGACACCUGGAGGUAGUGAGUUCUUUUUUUAUUGACUUUAAUAUCAUUUGUUUUGCUGUUUUGGAAAAGUAGGGAAAGUGUCUUGUUUUUUUGCCUUCCAUUUCUAGCCUGUUGGUCUUUCCCAGGAAUACUGAGAUCCUAACCUUCCAGUGAGAUUAAGACAUAUUGUUAAACAUUUUCAGCCAAAUACCUUCCAUAUCUUCAGUAUAUUGGUUUUCAAGAGAUCCGAGUAAAGUAAAUAAUUGGAAUGAUUGAAAGAUAACAUAAUUGCAGAUGCAAAAUGGGAUUAUUGAGCAAAUGUUUCAGGAAUGGGCAAGUUGAAGGUAGUGAAGCUGGAGAUAAGUUAUCAGAUACCGAGGCAAUCAGCCUGAAACCAGAAUACCUAAGACUGAAGAAUAAAAUGGAAGUAAGUGUGUGUGAGAGAGCAUGUAUGAGUGUGUGUAUUUGCUUGUGCCUUCAAGCCACCUCUUGAUUUAUAAUGACCCCCACAAAUUUCAUGGGCUUUCUUAGGCAAAGAAUACUUAAGAGGUGGCUUUCCAGUUCCUUCCUCUGAAAUAUAAAUCACAACACCUAACAUUCAUUGAUGGUUUCUCAUCCAAGUACAAAACGGCCUUCCUUGAUUAGCUUUUAGAUCAGACAAGAUCUGUUGUCUUUUAAGUUAUUGGGCUCCAGAAAGUAAUAAUGUUAUUGUGUGCCUUCAGGUUGUUUCUGACUUAGCUACCCUGAGGUUAACCUAUUAUGGUUUUUUGUCUAUUUUAUUUUAAUUUUUUUUAAAGAUUUUGACAUGAGGAGCUUUGCCUUUGUCUUCCUCUGGGGCCAAGAGAGAGUGAUUUGCCUAAUGUUGCCCAGUAGGUUUGCAUGACCAAGUGAGGAUUUGAUCCUGUUGUCCAGAGUUACAUACUCAAACCACUACACCAUGCUCUCUCAGAAGUUAAUGUUCCUUGAUGUUAAUAUAGUUCACUGUACUCUUACCUACUUAUAGGCAAAGUCCUAUGUGAUUUUUAAAGGUUAUGUCUACUUCUACACGUGUAUUGUAAGCCCUGGGCGAGUUUACUGUACUUGAAUCUUGUCAGCACAUUCUACAUGUGUAAGCGCUUUCUAUCUUUCAAAAGUCUUGGCUCAAGACUAUGGGGCUAUGCUAGUGAUUCCUAUUUAAAAUGUUUUAUUGCUGACAAAGGCUUCAGUCCCUAUAACAAGGAUACCUGAACCCUUACUGAACUUGGUAGCAUUUGGUAAGCAGCUAUACCUAGGUCUGCAUGGUUAGUUACAAAAAGUAAAGCACUAAGCUAACAUGCAAGCUCCCAUUUGUGACAUUAGUACAUUGAUAGGAGUAUAGUGUAUGCUCACUGAAAUGAAUGGAAAUUGUAGACCAGCAAUAUGUGAUGAACUAUGCGCCCUUAUCCCUUAAAAGUAUUUUGGAGCAGCACUUUAGCCUCUCUUCUCGCUUCUCCUUCAUGUGCUUUUCCUCCUUAACAAAAAAAAAAUACGGGUAAGCUUUGUUGUGAUUUUACCAUGGCAUUCACACAUUCUUCUGACAUUUGUAAGUGACUGCCAUAUAAAAAUGGGAUCUUAAGGCUGCCAUAUUUAUGCUGUAAGAUUUGAAACCUGAUUAUUGGUGCUUCUUUUCGUUUCAAGUGUCUUUAGUUCUCAGGCAGGUUCUCAUGGCAAUAGAGGCAAUUUCCAUAUGCAGUGAAAAUUUUGCUCAGAAGCAACUCAAUAACAAAGUGAUAUAGGAAACAAAGUCAGAGUAAAGUGUCAUGGCAUUUGACAUGGAAACAUUUGAGUAGCAUGUCGUUAAGCGGUAUAGCCAAGGUAUAUUUGAGGGUUCACAAAAAUCAGGUUAGAGGUAUAACACUUCUUUAACAUAAACUUUGGUUCCAAAGUUAGAAAUAACAUGGAAAGAAUAGGAAUAGGCUCCUACACUGCAAAAAAGAAGAGCAGUUCAAUAAGUUUUACCAACGUUAUUCAAAUCGGUGCACACAUGUAAAAUUAAAUGUCAGGAAAAGUUUGGAUAAGCAAACAAAAAUAUUUGUACCUUCCAAAGAUCCGGAUUUUCCCCCCUUUCAGCAGCCUCGGUUUUUGUUUGAAUUUCCACUUCAGUGCCCCUAUGUAAUGUUAUUGUAUCUUUAAGUCAUUUCUGACUUUUGGAGACUAGGCCAAGGGGUUUUUGGCAAGAUUUGUUCAGAGGAAAUUUGCAUUUGCUUUUGCCUCCUUUCAGGCUGAGAGCAUGAGUCUUGCCCAAGGUCACCCAUGGCCGAGUCUCCAGAGUUGGGGGGUUAGCCAUAAAGCUAAUUGCCAUUUUCUGUCUCUUUUGGUUUUCACACAAGGCUAGUAAGGGAUUCUAGAGGAAGCUGCUGUCAUUUUGCCUGCUGUAGGCAAACACGCACAACUAGAGAAAGAUCAGCUGAAGUUUCUCGCUCGUUCAAACUUUACUGCCUUCUUUACUGUAGAUGCAAUUGUUCCAAACCAGCAAUUGGAAGUCUGUUUCUUCCAGUUCUUCGCCCCUCUCCCAAUGCAAACAGAAAGGCAGGCAGAAAAAUACUUUGUAAAAAGGGCUUCUUUGUCAGAGGCUUUGUCAACUGAGUUAUGCCUAUAUCUAUUUUGCUUUGGUGCCUUGGUAAAAAGGAAUGAGAAAAAAAGAUCACUUAAGACAGGUACACAAGUAAUGUAUGCUUGGGCUAGGAAAAGCACUCAGAGCAGCUGUGGUAGUCCUGGACAUGCAGGUGUAUAAAAUCUAAAGGGUGUCUCUGUAUGGCUCUUUCUUAGUUUCAAUACUCCUGGUUCUUAACCAUUUUUGUACCGGCUCAAAUUGGUGCCGGAUAAGGCAGUCUUCUCCAACCUGCUUUAGCCUUCUGUUAACCAUUCGGGUUGGAGAUCAUGGGAAUUGUAGAUCAACAUACUUAGAAGAUGAACCUUAGGACAGUCUGUUGAAAUAUUGGGAAAUUGUUGGCCCAUCUGUAUUCAUGUUCGUCCUGAGUCCGUCCUAGAGGGGAAGGAGAUACACUGGAUGUUUUCCAUAUUCCCACCUGUACAAAAGUUGCAAGAGACACUUCCAUAUGAAUGUAUCCAGAGAGGUCCAUAUCCCUAAGGUAAAACAAAAGCACUGAUGUGCAGUCCCUGAUAUCUUCCUGGUAUGGUGGCAAUCUGAUUUAUUCUGUUUUCAUGGUUCAUAUGUGUGUCCCUCAUAUGAAGAGAGAAAUGGAGGACGCCUUUUCUUAAAUGCUGUAUUUCAAUUUGCAUCCAAUUUUGUAUAUAGGGUUUUACUAUAUGUGGAAGAGUAUCUGUGUAUAUAUAAAGGUCCUUGGUACAAAUCUGGAAUUUAACUUUACAAACCUAACUUUCAAAGCAUUCCACCAGGGAUUGUGCUGCCUGCCAUUUGCUGCAGCAAAAUGAAAGCUUUCAACUGCAAUUCUAUCAAAAAGCUGCAUCUGUGUUCUCAACUAUUGACCAAGAUUAUAAUCUGAUGUUAUUGUACUGUACCAGGAACAAAUGAGCGAGAAGCAAAGUUACAAAAUUGUGUAGUUCUCUUUCCAGGAAAUAUGAAACUGGACAAGCUUGACAAAAAAUCAAGUCAUUGGAACCUUUACAUUUAGAGUGACUGGCACUGGAGUUUGUGUUGAUAUGCAUAACCUGGAACUAUCAGUAGAUCAGACAAAAAGGAGUAUCAUGCCUUCAAGAAUUUCUAGCUUGGAACGCUAAACAGGUGUUUGCCCCUCUGGUGAAAAAUAAAUGCUGCUUUAUGUAUUCCAUAAUCUCAUAUAGUUGAAAAGGGCUUUCUGUGUCCCUUCCCUUAUAGAGUAUUAAAGAACCUUCAGAACAUGCCAACACAUUGAAGCAACAUAUUACAAAUUCAAAAUAUUACAUGUUCUUCAUAAAUUAGUAUUUUCAGUUAGGAUCCAGCACUCAUGAAAAGUCUAGAGUCGAUGACAUCUCAAAACACCUGAAAUCCAUAGUACAGAUCUCUUGAUAGCAUGAAAAUUCAUUCAAACAGGGCAAAACCACACACGCACACAUUUAUAAUUUUUGUAUACAUGGAAUCAUAACAUAAGGCACGUUAAUAUACUAUUACACGUACUAAGACAAGGUUUCACUGAGCAGCACAGCAAUGCAUUCCCAUGUACACAGAAAUAAUGAAUGUCUGGUUACACAAUUGGCCAAUGAAAGACAAAUUGUCUUGCAUUUACUUCUCUAACACCAAGGUGCAUCAAAGUAAAAUGACUGAGCAAAAAUCACUUACUAGAAUGUAGUCCCUUUUGUAAUUGCACACACAACACUUGAUUUUGGGAUUGUCAUCUAUAACAAAUCUUCCAGUAAAAGCCAAUAAGAGUGCAAUCCAUUAACGACAACUGUGAAUUAAUUGUUAUAAACAUUUGUGCAGAAUGUGGACAUUACCCACAAGGUACCUUUUCCCCUGGAAAUCCACUGUCUUGCACUUGGAGUAAAUUCUUUGCAUCUUGUUACUGUCAUCAGCCAAGCUUAGGAGGAGAAGCAGACAAUGUUUCUGGGUAAAUCUGGUUUUCAAUAUUUUAUUUUUUCAUCUGAAUGAUGUAUGGAAAUGCUUCAUUUCUGGAUAGAUUGAAAUUCUAUGUGAAAAGUCUGUAUAUGUAUGUACAAGUGUACAUGUGCUUUAAAGAAAGUUUUCUCCUUUUUUAGGAGUUUGAAAAGAUUAAAAAACAGGUGAGAAGUGUUUCUGCCAAGUCGUAAA